UCAGCAGCAGAACCGCUGUGGUCGCCAGCAGCGGUAUAACUACGUUACAACUUCGCGGUUAUAAAUCUUCCUAAACUGUCGUUUUCUGUCUACGGAAUUUGCUUCACUUCGCCGAGGCGUCACGACACCACUGAAGUCGAGGGGAGAGGGGCUUGGAAGGAAAGAAGACAUUGAAGUGGUGAUGAGAGAACACGUGUGCGAUUCGAGCCUCGAAGAACAAAUGGUGGAACAAAUACUUCAGGCUUGGCACUUGUCUUUUGUAUUCAUAAAGUUAAUAUUAAGAUAAUUUAUCUAUCUACGUACCUUGUUGGCUCAUGGGAAACACAUCGAGUGUCAAGCAGCCUUUUAAAGAAGCAACAAGGCCAUUGUGAAGAUUCGAUGCUCAGAUAGCCACGAGCCAGUUAGCUGCACUCAGAGGAUGCUGAGAACCUGUCUGUGAUGGACAUACUCUAGCUCAGUAACCCGUGACGCUCCUCAGGACCAGCUACAACCCGGCGGAGGUCCAACGCGAAGAACUGGUCUCCGUAAGACUGACCCCGUUGUCUGGGCCAUGACCGAUCCCAUCAUGGACUUCUUUGAUGACCCCAACCUGUUCGUGGCGGGGCUGGACGGGCUGGCUGAGGACGGCUUCUCUUCUGGACCGUCGCUGGUGGACGAGCUCAACCUCAGUGCCGGGUUUGAGCCCCUGCAGGUGGACCCGAUGGGGCCGGGGAAACACACCGGGAUGAUACCCACCUCCAUGCCCGCCUCCACCUCCACCCAGCGGGGCAUGUCCUAUGGCCAGCCGAUGGGACACUUUGCGGGCAUGAAGGCACAGAACACCCUAGGCCAGCCCUUUGCAGGGCCCGAGGGCGUGAGCGGCGGAGCCGGUCUGAUGAUGGCGGCACAGCAUACCCAGUUCCACGGACGCUCGAUGGGCCCGGCACCCGAGUCCAACGGGCUGUUCUCCAACAGCAGCCCGAUGUGGGGCAACCAGGACCAGAACGGGAACCUCUACCAUCCGAUGUCCCAGCAGCAGCAACUACAUCAGCAGCAGCAGCUGCAGCUCCACGACCGGCAGCAACUCCUCCGGCAGCAGCGGCCGGCAGCGCAGCAUCCCUGUCAGCAGCAGCAGCUUCAGCAGUUACAGCAGCACCAGCUCCUGGCCCAGCAGCAGCACAGCUUCCCCUUCCACCAGGCCGGCCAGCCGCCAGCUCACCAUAACCAGCAGCUCACCAUCGGGGGGAACCAGUUCCACCCCAGGACCGUGCCUAACUCGGGGGCUCUGGCCAAAGCUUACGCAGAGACCCCCAAUGUCACGCUGGGCGGAGCUCCUCCGCAGCAGGGGAGCUACCAGCUGGUGCGGGGGCCUCAGGGGGCGUUCCCUGGGGUGGGCCCGGAGGAUUCUAGCCUGACCUUCUCCCCCAUGGCUCACACCCGCAACCUGCCCUCCUGCUCAGUCAGCUCAGCCGCAGCCUACCCUCCCUCCCAGUAUGCCUUCCCUGGCCAGGGACAGUCGGGCAUCUCCGGCCUGAGCCAGCCUCUCUCUUCAGCCCCAGUGUCCAUGACCAGUACGGCCCCUCUGCCCUCCUUAGUGCCUGAGCUCACGCUCUCGGGGACCGGAUGUCCGUUUUCGUCCACCCCAGAGAUGGCUCAACAACAGCAGCCCCAGCAGGUCCCAGUCAGCCAGGCUGAGGAGGAAUGUCCCUUCCGGGCCCUGCGUUGUUCCAGACAGACCCAGGGGAACCAGGGGAACUACAACUCGUCUGAGAUGUUCGGCCAGGCCAUGAGCUGCUACCCCAGUGCAGCCAGCCAGCUCGUCCCAGACCAGCACCAGCCCCAGGGCUUUGGAUCCAACCUGGAAGUGACCAGACCUCCAGCCAGCACUGCUACCAGUAACGGCUUUGCAGCCCUAGAAGACAGCCUGGCAGGUCUCCAGGGGGAGGUGGAGGCCCAGGGAGGGGGAUUUGAAGGUCUGGAGGCCCCAGACCUACUGGCUGAUGAGCUUCUGCCCCAGCUGGAGGCUGCCUUCAGUCAGCACGACCACCACCACCCCAGCUGUUCCUGGACCAAUGGUGGGGACGGAGAGAGGGAUGAAGAGGUUCAGGAAGAGGAAAAGAUGGUGGAAGAAGACAACACCAUUUCCAUAGACUACGAGAUAAAGCCUCCCAAGAACAAAAACACCAGUGGUCCCAACAGCCACGCGGCAGCGCGGGUCCUCAGCCCCCCGGUGAAGAGCAGCUCGUCCUCCUCUUCCUCGUCUUCGUCCUCCUACAGCUCAUCGUCUGAGAAGCGGGCCCAGCGGAGGCUGGUGCUGGAGCAGAGGGAGCAGCAGCUGAUGGAGCUGGCCGGAGAGGACAAACAGCAGAAGGCCAACCGGAUCAUCCACGAGGCCAUCGUCAAGGCCCGGGAGCGGGGGGAGAAGAACAUCCCCAGGGUCAUGAGUCCAGAGAGCUUUCCCUCAGGCAGCUCUUCGGCCCACCGGAGAGAGAGGGACAGGGACAGGGGCAGAGAGAGGGAAAGAGGCAGCAAAACCAAGACCUCCAAGAAGGCCCGCAUUGUACCUUCGUCCAAGCCCAAACAGAAGACCAAGAUUGGGAAAAUUGUCAUUAAAUUUGGAGGGAAGAAGAAGCGGAAGACCGAAUCGUCAGAGGAUGGGUCUGAUGACGAACCUCCGCCUCGAAGAUUCUCUAAAGACGAUGACUCGAAGCGCCGGUCCAACCGCCAGGUAAAGAGGAAGAAGUACGCCGAGGAAGGCGAGUCCAGGGUGUCUGAUGACGAGGGGAAGGUCAUUGUUAAAGCCAAGAAGACCAACAGUACUGCAGCACGCAAAGCACCCGCAAUGCAGCUGUUUGUGGAAAACCCCAGUGAAGAGGACGCUGCUGUUGUUGACAAGAUUCUGUCAUCACGGAUAGUCAAGAACGAGGUCUCUCCAGGAGUCAUUGUGGAAGUGGAGGAAUUCUUUGUGAAAUACAAAAACUACUCCUACCUCCACUGUGAGUGGGCCACGGAGCAGCAGCUGGAGAAGGACAAGAGAAUUCAGCAGAAGAUCAAACGCUUCAAGAUUAAACAGGCACAGAGGGCCCACUUCUUCGCCGAUAUGGAAGAGGAUCCCUUUAACCCUGACUAUGUGGAGGUAGACAGAGUACUGGAGGUGUCCUAUUGUGAAGACAAGGACAGUGGAGAGCAGGUGGUGUACUACCUGGUGAAGUGGUGCUCCCUGCCCUACGAGGACAGUACGUGGGAACUGAAGGGGGAUGUUGAUCAGAGUAAAAUAGAGGAGUUUGAGCAGCUGCAGGCAGUGAGGCCAGACUCUCGCAGGAUGGAGCGUCCCCCAGCCAGCCUGUGGAAGAAGAGGGAUCAAUCGAGGGAGUACAGGAAUGGUAAUGGCCUCAGGGACUACCAACUGGAGGGAGUCAACUGGCUCCUCUUCAAUUGGUACAACAGACGGAACUGUAUCCUGGCUGAUGAAAUGGGUCUGGGGAAGACCAUCCAGUCUAUCACGUUUCUGGAGGAGAUCUGGCGUGUGGGUAUCCGGGGACCCUUCCUCAUCAUCGCCCCCCUCUCCACCAUAGCGAAUUGGGAGAGGGAGUUCAGAACUUGGACCUAUCUCAACGUCAUAGUCUACCAUGGUUCCGUGGUCAGCCGGCAGAUGUUGCAGCAGUACGAGAUGUACUUCAGAGAUACACAGGGCCGUGUGGUCCGGGACGCCUACAAGUUCCAUGCUGUCAUCACCACCUUUGAGAUGAUCCUGGGCGGGUGUCCCGAACUCAACGCUAUCGAGUGGCGUUGCAUCAUCAUCGACGAGGCUCAUCGCCUCAAGAACAAAAACUGCAAACUGUUGGAGGGAUUCAAGCUCAUGAAUCUGGAACACAAAGUUCUUUUGACAGGGACCCCCCUGCAGAACACGGUGGAGGAGCUCUUCAGCCUGCUGCACUUCUUGGAGCCUCAGCGCUUCCCUUCAGAGAACACCUUCAUGCAGGAGUUUGGAGACCUUAAGACAGAGGAACAGGUCCAGAAGUUGCAGGCCAUCUUGAAGCCCAUGAUGCUGCGUCGUCUCAAGGAGGACGUUGAGAAGAAGCUGGCUCCUAAAGAGGAGACCAUUAUUGAGGUGGAGCUGACCAACAUCCAGAAGAAGUACUACAGAGCCAUCCUAGAAAAGAACUUCUCCUUCCUAUCUAAAGGAGUUGGCCAGGCCAACGUCCCCAACCUGGUUAAUACUAUGAUGGAGUUGAGGAAGUGCUGCAACCACCCCUACCUCAUUAAAGGCGCUGAGGAGAAGAUUCUGGAAGACUUCCGGGACGUCUACAGCCCGGUUGCCUUUGACUUCCACCUACAGGCCAUGGUGCAGUCGGCUGGUAAACUGGUCCUCAUAGAUAAACUGCUGCCCAAAAUGAAGGCCGGGGGACACAAGGUUCUCAUCUUCUCCCAGAUGGUCCGCUGCCUGGAUAUCCUGGAGGACUACCUCAUUCAGAGAAGGUACCUGUAUGAGCGUAUUGAUGGCAGAGUUAGAGGGAACAUGCGCCAGGCGGCCAUAGAUCGCUUCAGUAAGCCGGACUCGGACCGCUUCGUGUUCCUGCUGUGUACCCGGGCUGGAGGCCUGGGCAUCAACCUGACUGCCGCUGACACCUGCAUCAUCUUUGACUCAGACUGGAACCCACAGAACGACCUGCAGGCCCAGGCUCGCUGCCACAGAAUUGGUCAGAACAAGGCGGUGAAGGUGUACCGUCUGAUCACCAGGAAUUCGUAUGAGAGGGAGAUGUUCGACCGGGCCAGCCUAAAACUGGGCCUGGACAAGGCUGUGCUACAGAGCAUGAGUGGCAGGGAGAACAGUGUGCCUGGAGGAGGGCCCACACAGCAGCAGCUGUCCAAGAAGGAGAUAGAGGACCUGCUGAGGAAGGGUGCGUAUGGCGCGCUGAUGGACGAGGAGGACGAGGGCGCUAAGUUCUGUGAGGAAGACAUCGACCAGAUCCUCCAACGCAGGACCAAGACCAUCACCAUUGAGUCUGAAGGACGGGGGUCUACUUUCGCCAAGGCCAGUUUUGUAUCAUCCGGAAACCGCACGGACAUAUCUCUGGACGACCCCAACUUCUGGGACAAGUGGGCCAAGAAGGCUGAGAUAGACAUGGACACUGUCAACGGCAGAAACAGCCUUGUGAUUGACACGCCGAGGGUGAGGAAGCAGACGCGUCCCUUCAGCGCCACCAAGGAUGAGCUGGCGGAGCUGUCCGAGGGGGAGAGUGACAACGAGGAGAAGCCCAAGCUCCGCCGGCCGCACGACCGCCUCAACAGUUACGGCAGGACGGAGUGCUUCAGAGUGGAGAAAAACCUGCUGGUUUACGGGUGGGGUCGUUGGAAAGACAUCCUCCUUCAUGGUCGAUUUAAGAAGCAGCUGACUGAGCGUGAUGUGGAGUCCAUCUGUAGAGCCCUGCUUGCCUACUGUUUGGUCCACUACCGUGGUGACGACAAGAUCAAGAGCUUCAUGUGGGACCUGAUCGCCCCUUCCGAGGACGGACAGAUCAAGGAGCUGCAGAACCACCUGGGCCUGUCAACCCCAGUCCCCAGAGGAAGGAAGGGGAAGAAGAUGAAGACUCAGUCUAGCACGUUUGAUAUUCAAAAGGCUGAGUGGAUCAGGAAACACAACCCAGAACACAUGCUGCAGGAUGAAGGAUACAAGAAACACCUUAAACACCACUGCAACAAGGUGCUGCUGCGGGUCAGAAUGCUCUACUACCUGAAACAAGAGGUCAUAGGGAGCCAGGCCCAGAAGGUUCUAGACGGCGUGGACUCCAGUGAGAUCAAGAUCUGGGUCCCUGAGCCGGACCACUGUGAGCUGCCAGCCCUGUGGUGGGACAGCAUCUCAGACAAGUGCCUGCUGCUGGGGGUGUACAAGCACGGUUAUGAAAAGUACAACACGGUCCGCGCAGACCCUGCCCUCUGUUUCCUAGAACGCGUGGGACGGCCAGACGAGAAGGCCAUCGCUGCUGAACAAAGAGCCAAUGACUUCAUGGAUGGGGAUGUGGAUGACCCAGAAUAUAAACCUGCCCCAGCCUUGCUAAAGGACGAUAUGGAGGAUGAUGCCUCCUCUCCUGGAGACUUGGUUAUCACAGACAACCCUGGAGAGGGCGUACCGCUGACAAUGGAAGUUGGAGGAGACGCUGCGUACUGGCCCUCGUCCUCAGUGUUGACAGCCAGACUGAGACGUCUGAUCACGGCUUCUCAGCGCUACACCAAAUCCAGACAGAUCCUCCACAUCCAUCAGACCCAGCACACCUCCCCGGUCACCCCCUCACUCUGCCCACUGCCACCCACACUCAAUCACAAUAUUAACCCCAAGAUGGCCGCCAAGAUAGAACGCCAGCAGAGGUGGACGAGGCGAGAGGAAGCUGAUUUCUACCGUGUGGUGUCUACCUUCGGAGUGGUGUUUGAUCCGGACCUGGGCCGCUUCGACUGGACAAAGUUCAGAGCCAUGGCUCGACUGCACAAGAAGACCGACGAGAGUCUGCAGAAGUAUUUGUGGGCCUUCACAGCCAUGUGCAGGAGAGUGUGUCGCCUGCCACCUAGAGAAGGAGACACCGCUGUGGAUCCCUCUCUGUCCAUCCAGCCCAUUACAGAGGAGCGGGCAUCUCGUACCCUCUACAGAAUCGAGCUGCUGCGGCAGGUCCGGGAGCAGGUGCUCCGUCACCCCCUGCUCUACGAGCGCCUGCCCCUGUGCCAGCUAGGCUCCGACCUGCCUGUGUGGUGGGAGGUCGGUACCCACGACAGAGACCUCCUGAUCGGAGCCGCCAAGCACGGCGUCAGCCGCACAGACUACCACAUCCUCCGAGACCCAGACCUCUGCUUCAUGGCCGCGCAGAGAAACUACAGCCAGAACAAAGGAGCCCAGCAGUCAUCCCUGAACCCCCAGUACCAGGCCAGUAGAGACCCACCACUGCCCGUCCUAGCCCCGAGGGAACGGGCAAACUCCCCAGAAGCAGUGUCAAAGGAAGAGCCUCCCUCUGAGGGGGGGGGUGCUCUGCAGAGUGGGGGCCAGGUAGAGGAGGAGAGAUGGAGUCCUCAGCCUGCCCCCCUCACCCCCACCGGGAUAGAGGAGAAGCCAGACACGGCCGUGGUCAAAGCGGAGAACGAGAGUCGCAUGGUGGCCGCGCGGACCAAGCCUCUCACCCCCAACUCAGCCGCCAGGGAGGAGAAGAGAGCCAACAAGAGGAGUCGUAGGGAGGCCAGGCGAGCCGCCUCCGCCGCGUCUGACUCGGACUCAGACGGCUCCUCGUCCAGCUCUUCGUCACGCUCCUCUUCAUCGUCGUCGUCCUCCUCCUCCUCCUCGUCACGAUCAGGGUCCAACUCGUCCUCCUCGUCUUCAUCGUGCUCAUCGGGCUCCUCUUCCUCUUCUUCCUCCUCCUCCUCUUCCUCUGAUAGUGAAAGUGAGCGGGAGGAAGGGAAGCCAAAGGUUCCGACGGUGGCCGCUGUGAAGGGCUUUGACGAGGACAGCGUGGCGUCCCUCAGCACCGCUCAGGAAGACACACCGGACAGUCACACUGUGGAGAACGGCGUCAGCAACAACUCCCACCACCCCUUUCAGGGAGGCUACAUGCUGGCUGCAUCCUACUGGCCCAAGGACCGUGUGAUGAUCAACCGCCUGGACAGUAUCUGCCAGGCCGUGCUGAAGGGGACGUGGCCGGGGGCCAGGCGGGCAUACGAGGCGGGAGGUGCCAUCGCCUCCUUCUACACCACCAAGCUGCUGGACAAUGCUGCCAGCAUCAGCAGUAACCUGGGCUCUGCCCCAGCCGCCUCGGAGGAGCCCUCUGCCUCCCCUCAGGGUUCAAAGGUGAAGAAGCAUGUUGCAGGAGAAAAGGAGUUCUCAGUGAAAAUCAAUGAACCUCUCUACCUGCAGCAGGAGGGGAGUCUGAAGCUGACCUUCCAGAAGCAGGGGCCCGGCCAGCCCCUGAAGAGGCCCCUGGAGCCUGAGGAAGGGCCCCUGGGCCAGCAGCAGUACCUGGCCAGGCUCCAUGAGCUUCAGAGUGCCUCAGACACAAGUCUGGCUGACUUCACCAAGCCCCAAGCUGCCAGUUUCCCACAUGCCUCUGCAGACAUGGCUGGUCCAAUGAGGCUGAACGGAGCGAUGGACGGCCAACCGGUGGUGAAAAGGAGGAGGGGAAGGAGGAAGAACGUUGAAGGGAUGGACCUGCUCUUCAUGAACAGGAGCAGAGUCCCAGCCGUGCCAGAUUAUGUGACCCCGGCGUGGGGUGGUAUGGCCCAGGCUGGACUCCCUGCAGCCCCUGGGCAGAGUUACCCCCCGGGGGGCCAUGCCCAGGGCCCAAUGGACAGAGAGAGCAGGGUCCCUGUCAUCAAUCUGAAAGAUGGGACCAGGCUUGCUGGAGAUGACGCCCCCAGGAGGAGUGAGCUGGAGUUGUGGCUGAAAGAACACCCAGGCUUUGUGGCUGACACGGGGGCCUUCAUUCCUGGGGUGACCAAGAUGCAGAUGCAACAGUUUCAGCAGGACGGUCGGCCCAAACAGAAGAGACAUCGCUGCAGAAACCCCAACAAGAUCGAUGUCAACAGUCUGACUGGAGAAGAGAGGGUACAGAUCAUCAACAGGAGAAACGCCCGGAAGGUUGGUGGUGCCUUCGCCCCCCCUCUGAAGGACUUGUGUCGGUUUCUUCAGGAGAACCCAGAGUAUGGGGUUCCACCAGAGUGGGCCGAUGUCGUCAAACAGUCAGGCUACCUCCCAGAGAGCAUGUUUGACCGGAUCCUGACAGGACCAAUUGUACCAGAGGAGGUGAGUCGACGUGGACGGAGGCCCAAGAGCGCCCUGGCCAAAGCUGCCGCCGCAGCCAACCAGGGGGCCUCUUCCCUGGGCCUCAACCCCCUGCUUGCCAACGGCCUCCUCUCUGGCAUGGACCUGUCUAGUUUCCAGGCCUUCCAGCAAAACCUCCAGAGUCUUCAAUCCCUGCAGCUCACCGCUGGCCUUAUGGGCCUUCCCACUGAUGCUAACAACCUUGCCUCAAUGUUUCCCAUGAUGCUUUCAAACAUGGCCGGGCUCCCCAACCUCCUGAGCAUGGGGGGUCUGCUGGGAAAGCCCCCACAGGACGCCACUGUUGGACCGGAGCAAGGGAAGAGGAAGAAGGGAAACAGAGGAGGAGGAGGAGGAGGAGGAGGAGAAGAAGGAGGAGGAGGGGAGUCCUCAUCUGCUUCCUCCAAAACCGCCUCCUCCUCCUCUUCCCUCUCCCAGGGUCCAUCCCACACCUCUGACACCAAAGGUGAAAGGACAGAAGGUCAAAUCGGUGUCGGGGAGUCCUGUGCCCCCAGUGACCCUUCCACCUCUGGUUCCGCUGCUGCCACCUCCAACACCCCACUAAGUGCUUCUGCUGCCCAGGCGGCCUCCAGUCACCCGCUGUCUGUAAACCCCUUGUUACUCUCCAAUAUGCUUUAUCCAGGGAUGCUUCUCACUCCAGGCCUUAAACUUCCUGUAUCCACCACAGAGCAGCCAAACAGUGGCUCGAACAGUGACCACAAAGCCCCCAAAUCCACCAAGACAUCUAAGUCCCUUAAGACCGCCCCCUCAAAACCCCUUUCGCCCCGGGAAACACCAGAACGGCAGGAAGAGGAGGGUCUUGGUGAUGAGGGGGAGGAGUCAGGGGAGCAGAAGGAGAACAGUGGUCCAGAGGGCUCGGGGAUAGCGGAGUCAUCUUCAUCGGAAUCGGGGAGCUCCUCUUCAACAUCUGAUGGGUCAUCAGACUCCAGCGAUGAAGACUGAAACUAAUGAAUAUAAAAAUAUAUUUAUGUAUCUCUUAGAAAUGUACACACAUAUAUAUUACACAUAUGGAUUUCCCUGCACUUACAUUGUGAUUUCUUUUUAUGUAAAUACAAAAUAACUAAAAUGUUGUGUAAUAAAGACUACAAAACUGAAAAAAGAACCAUGACUUAGGAGAAACUGAAAUAACAUUUCAGUAUUUGUUCAAAAGGUACAAUCUUGUUUUGAGAGACAUUUUGCAUGUCAAACUUUAGUAGAUUUCCGAACUUUGUGAACUUGUAUUACACACAAUGAUGUACAAUUGCAGACAUUUAGAAAAAGAAAUCAAAAUGGCAUUAUUGUAAUUAUCAUGUUGGGAUUUAAUUUUAUUAAAAAAGAGGAAAUACAAAACGCUCUCUGCUGAGCUGUACUAUUAAUAUAUUUUGGAGUGGGGGGAAAAUAACUUUGAUGAAUAUUUUGGUUUCCUUUGUAAAUAACUUUACAGGUUUUCUUUUUUGACACUUAAGUAUACUUUGCAGAUCAUACUUAGGAAAAGUCAGCAAUAACUUGGGCAGCUAAUGAAUGUCACUGAAGCUGUAGAUGUCUCAAUUCAACAUCAUAACAACCAAGCUGCUCACACACGUCUCUGUUCCAAUAGCCACACUCACAUACUCCUUACAGAUGAAGUAUUGGCCGUGCAUUCCCAGUUCAGUGGCAUCCUAUUGCGGAUCAUAGAAAUCCUAAUUACAUUGGAAUUCCUAAUUCUCCGGUAUGAAUACCGCCUCUAUCCUUAGCCUUUUAUCAACCCAGUAUACCACUGCAUUCACAUAUCACUAGACUGGAGAUGAUCACCUAACACACACAGUGAUGAUGGUCAUGUUUACAGUUAUUUGGACAGGGACUCAUUUUGAUGCAAUGACUGUUGAAGUGGAUUGAAGUGCAGACUGUCCGCUUACACAUCCAUAGCAGCUGAACCCUUGCAGCACUUUCUGUAAAUAGUCCCCCAUCUUAGAGAACCAAACGUAUUUUGGACACAUUUACAAUAUGUGUAUUAAGAUAGUCAAGAUAAAUGUAUUUGAUCCCAUGUUCCACAGUGACUAGCGACUGUAGAAGCGGGAUGGUUGUAUUUGCAGUUUGUUUUUGUUGUUUGUAAUUUUGAAGUAUGCUUUAUUGUAAAUAGAAUUAUAAUAUAGUUGAUUUGAGGAUGCUACCGUGGAUACAAACAACUCUGAAUGUCAUUUGAGAAGGUCAGAAAGAUCGAGUUAUGCUUACCUGUCACCGUUUACAGAAACGGGAGGUUAGCAUUGCCGAGAGGUUUUUGAGGGGGAUGUUGUUCAUGUCUAUGUAACUUUCUCACUCAUUCUUCACGAUUCAAAUCAACGCUUACAGUCUGUACUUUAACCUCAUAGUCUUUGUAUAAUUUCAAAUCUGAAGUAGUGGACUUACAAAUAACAAAGGUUCUGACAAAAAUUCUAAUAUCCCUUAACUCUCUGCAUAAAUAAGGAAUAAUUCUAAACAAUGGGUAGUUAAUAAUGACACUGGCCCAAUUAAUCUGUUGUAUUUUUUAAAAGCUUCCUGGUGGCAUUAUUAGCUAACCUGGGUAUGUUCAACAGAGUCCCGAUUCAGGAAGUAUCGUUCUUGACAUGGUACAGUUUCCACCCCAGUGUUCUUGACUGCAUCGUUACCUCAACUGACUUUAAAAGGGAUCACACACACUGUGGUUGUGUGUUUCAGCAAGGCAGGUUCACUCAUCCCCACUGGAUUGUGGGUCUUUUUCAUGGGAUACUCUUGACAGCUUCCACUUAGUUUCUUCAAGCGCCCAGAGUCUGGAAGAGACCGCCACUCACUGUGUUGUGACUGUGUGUGUGUGUGUGUGUAAAUGCGUUUGUGUUUGUUUGCAUGGCGGUACCUUUCAGCGUGUUCUUCAGGCCGUGUACUCAUUCAGUGUCAGUCUGUCUGUUGGGUAUGGUGGCGUGUCUUCACGGGGCUUGAGCCAACCAGUAGUGAAGUGUAAUCAGCAUCAUCCGAGUCUAUAUUCCACUCAUCCCACUCCGUGUUGUCUGUGAAGAAAAUCUCCCAUGAGCUCUGUCCGUGAAUACUGAUGCCUGUAGGUUGUAACUGAACACAGAUUGUAUGUUGUGUGGGAAUACCUUCCAACCCCAUGACCUAGUAAUUAAAUUAACAUUUGUAUAUUGGGGGACCACCAGGGUUUGUAUUGUCUCCAAUAUAAUUGUAGAUUACUGAGUAAUCUAGAUUAAGUUCAUUCAUUUAAUGUGUAAAGGAUAGUUUAUACAUAGAUUGCAGUGACUAAGUAUCAGAAUAGUAUUCAGUGUUGGGCUGUCUAUGUUUGGCUCAGCUUGGGGUUAAAAAAAAGCUGAAUAUCCAGACCUUCCUGUAGAACUGAGCUGCCCGUUCAUGGGAAUUAUGCUCUUUUGGGUGUUCAUCUUUAGCCUGGAAUCCAAACUGAAAUGCAGUGUUCAACCAUACUAGUUCAUUUCUCCGUAGUCCAUAUGUCUUUACUGGUCAAUCCACUAAUGACUGAACCUGCAGACUAAAAGGUUGAUGUAGAAGUGUCCUUACACUCGCUGUACCUCGUGGUAUUUCACACCCUCAUUUCCUCAGUCAAUUUCCCAGUCAGUAUCUGAUCUGAUUUAACAGAUAGAUUAUUGUUAAGGUUGCUUAUGGUUCUAUGCUGGUGUAUUUAUUCAUGACCAUAUGGCUCAUCUUUGCUCAUCCGAACUGUUACCAAGGGAGACUCUGACACUGGAACUCAUUAUAUCCUAAGUACCUUUUGUAAUUAUUUAAGUGGAAUGCUGCUUAACUGCUUCACUGAUUGAUACAGCACUUUAUAGGUGAACUGUCGGUACACGCUGGACUGUUAAGCAGCUAUACAUUUAGAAAUGAUCUUGAAGGGGACAUAUUUAGCAGGGAGAAUGAAACGUCACGACUGGUUACACCUGUGGUAGAAACCUCCGUUUAGUCUUUCUGCUUUAUUUUGCUCUUCAGUGAAGCUAUACUGAACCCAUUAAACGUAUACAAGCCCACCAGACAACAUUGUCCUGUUGUCUAAAGUGAGACUGAUUUUGGCCCAGUGCACCAAUAAUGUCAUUUAUCAUUGUUGGUGUGUGUGUGAACUCAGAAAGCCAAGUCCUUACUCUUCCUGAAAGCAAACCUAAAUGGCCUCACAUUGCCACUUUGGUUUUGGCUGGUUCAGCAACUAGGCCUCACAAGCCUGAUGAUUUCGAACUUGCAACCCUAAACUGAAAUUGUAUUUAUUCAUUGUACAUCUACUUACUGUACCUACACUAUCCCUACAACUACCAGUGCUCUUAGGCAAAAGCCCAGCCUCUGUUGCUUCCAGGUCGCCCCCAAAAAUGAUUGUCAUGCAUUAUUUUCAGACAGGGAGACGUUGAAUGAUUCCUACCAGUUUGAUGGUGAGCCUACUGUAGCAUCAGACACAGCACAUAGCUCCAUUAAAGUUCACCUGUAAUUCCUGAGGGGGGGGAGAUGUACUGUAUGUGUAUAAAGAGUUUGGACAAAAACAUUGUUUUACUAUGUAUUUUGAUUUGAUAUUUCUGGUACUUUGUUAUAGGUCUCACCAUGUCACAUAGAUCUACAUGACUGGACUGACUAGAAGCAGUCAUGGACUCUCCUCACUGACACAAGGAGAUGAUCAAUAUGCAACAGACAGAGAAACUAAGAAACCACACACUACUAGCCUACAAGUUCAUUCAACAUUUUUAUUUUGUGUAAAGUAGUUGCUGAAAUUACAAAAAAUAGGCUUGCCUUUGUAGUUUUUGUUUCAAGCUCGAUAAUAUCCUACGAGUCAUCAUUAAGUCCGUUUUUGUUUCGUUUGUUUUUGAACAGUUGCAAUAUUUGCAAGUUGUGGUCUGUGUAGUCAAACAAUGCUUUAUUGUAGUGGAGAGGAUAAGCGUCUUAAACAGUCAUUUGUAAUUUAUUGGAUUACUUUCUAUGAAGUUAUAUAGAGGAAAUGGAGGUUUAAUUAUUUUUAUUAAACAUAUUCUGACUAUC